AUGAAUAAAAUCGAAGAAAUCAAUUUGAAGUCCAUAGAUACAAAUCCAUUUUCCAAAGGCGAAAAGAAAAUGAAUUCUGUUUCGAAACUUCUAGAAAAAAUUGGUUUGAUUGAACAAAAAACAAAAGAUUAUACGUUGAUUAAGCAGCAAAAUUUCGACGAUAAUGUUGUAACAAAAGAAAAUUUACCACCCAUACAAAAUGAGGGAUCCAAGAUGAAAGAUUCUGAAGACGAAAAAAAUAUUGCAAAUGAGAAAAAUAAAAUAAAUUAUAGCAUUAAAGUGAUAUCUCCUCCCGCAGUAUUUAACAUCAAUUCCGGAAAUAUUCCACAAACUCCAAAUAAAUUUAAACCUAUAACAAAGAAAAACACCAAUAGUAUUUUAGAAAAUCCUCAAGCAUUAUACCCAUCGAAGUCACAUGUGAAAAGGACGCAAGAAGUUAUUCCGAAAAAGCAGAAUUUUAAUUACUAUUACGGUGGAAAAGAAAAUACGAUGAAACCAAAAUUACAGAAUAAAAUAAAUAUUGCUGGGAGUAAAUCAUCUGAAAUGCUUGGCAGGGAAAGAAAAGAAAUUGUUGAAAAUACACUGAAUAAAAUAGAAAGUCCCUUAGAAUCUAAGUAUAGAAAAUCUAUACAUGAUUUAAAGGACAACAGAAAUCCUUUAAAAUUUAAUUCUGAAUCGAGAAUGCCCUCAAUAUCAAACACUCGUGAACUCCCAACAAAUUUUUUAGAAGUACCAUUGAAAAUUGAUAUCGUACCUGAUGUUAUAAAUGAAGAAAAAGCCAAUUCAAUUAAUACUAUAGAUAAAGAAGUAGAAUAUAACAUGGUUAAUUAUAAUUUAAAUAGAUUUUAUGCUGAUGAACAUAAAUUGAAUCCCAAUUAUCUAUUACCAGGGCAAUCAUCACCAAAAUUGUUAUUACAAUCCAACCCUGCUCUAGAAUUGAAUUCUCCUACGAAUCAAGUUUACAAUUCCAAUGACUUUGUCAAUCCCAGUUUGAGUUUUUCCUUGGACAAGUUAAUAACAUUUUUCACAUCUAAAUUUCUUUCAAUAAUACCCAAUAUUUCUGAAGACUCUCCUGAUAAAAGACAAGUAUCAUUUACACCGCUGACAUCCCCAACAUAUACCAAUCUACACGAAAAUAUGUCGUCUUGUACGGAUAUAUCCCAAACACCAUCCGAGUCUAUUCCUUCUGGCAAUGAAUUGGAAUUUAACGAACAUAUAAAUAUUGAAGAAGAAAACUUUAUAGUGCAGGAUGCAUUAAAUAAAGAGUCUAAAACUAAAUUAUCUUCUCCCUAUUUAUCAACACUUACUAUCAAUUAUAUACCUUCUCUUGAAACUUCUAAUGAAAUAGUUAUAAUUGUGUGA